CCCUAAACCUACCACUUUAUGUCAGCCGCUACGUAUUCCAUCCUUCCCCUCUCAAUUCUUUGUCUACCACCUCUAAACCCUCACACAAGAUAUGCUGACAUAUUUUAUAUGCAUUACCCUCUCUCUCGUUCUUAUGCACUGACAAAACCCAAACCAAAUCUCACUCAUCUCUCAAAUUAUACACACACUACCACAAGCCAACUCGACACCUCUCACUCUCUGUUUCUUGUCAACAAGUUCGCUGGAAUACACACCUCGUUUAAUAUCGAGUCGCCGCCGAAGAUUUCCACAACUCGUCGGAGUUCCUUUGAUCUGUCGGAGAAUAACGAACCCUGCCGGAGGUGCUUAAACACUGCCCGAGGAGCCUACACGUGUGGGAGUUGGAGCGGAUUCACCGGAGAACUCGAAGACGGCACCGGAGCUCGGAGACGAAAUCGCAACGAGAACCAUCCACGGCUUCGGAUAAUCACUUUGCUCGUUCUUUUUGGAUUUCCUCCAUUCUUACUCGUGUGUUAUCUCAAGGAAACUCUAUACCCAACCAAUGAUUUGGAUGAUGAAAGGAAUCUAGUAGGAUUGCCUAGAAACUUAUUUAAAUUCUAAUACCAGUUGUAAUGUAUUUUAUUUUCAAACAUGUAAUUUGUUUCCAAUCUUUGUAUGAGACCAUUAACAAAUGAAAUGAAACUUAAUUACUUGAA